CGUGUCGUAUUUCCGUAUUGUUUUUCCCCAUUGUAAACUCACCCAGUCACUUGGAGCAGCGAGUUUCUUCACACACCAAGCAGACGACCCUCUGUGCGGGUAAGGAUUAGUCAACAUCAACGACUUCAAGAGGCUUUUUAAAUGAACGCAAUGGAUCCUGUCGGCCAAGAUGUCAAUCUGAAUUCCCCUAACAAGGGUCUGCCUGUGGAACAUUCCGGGAGCCUGGUCGAUUUUCCGGCAGAGGGCGUGCUGGAGAAUUCUGGCAGCCCCCUGCCAGCAGGCCUGACAGAGGAGGAAGCUGAGGAGCUUCGCAACGAGGUUACCAAGGUGGAGGAGGAGAUCAGCACCCUGCGCCAGGUUCUGGCCGCCAAGGAGAGACAUGCCACAGAGCUUAAGAGGAAACUGGGCCUCAGUCCUCUCAAUGAGCUCAAGCAGAAUCUCAUCAAGAGCUGGCAGGAUGUCCAGACCUCCAACGCAUAUGUGUCUGCCUCUGCUACUUUGGAUGACAUUACCCGCUCUGACGCAUACAAGAAGACUCAGGAGACCCUCUCCCAGGCGGGACAGAAGACCAGUGCGGCUUUCACCACCAUGAGCUCGGCCAUUAGCAGGAAGCUGGGUGACAUGAGUAGCCACUAUUCCAUUCGCCACUCCAUAAGUAUGCCAGCUAUGAGGAACUCCACCACCUUCAAGUCGUUUGAGGACAAAGUGGGCAACCUGAAGGUGGUGGGCCCCCAAGGGGAUGAGAGCCAUGGCGAUUCCAUCACCCCCACUCAGGAGAACCCACCAUUCUGAACAACUCCAUUGUCACCGCCUCACUUUGCAGCGACGCUGCUGAAGGCCUCCGCCAAAACUACAACUGUUUCGCCCCUCUCGUCUGCUCCAUUGCCAUCCAGCCAACGGCCUUUGACCUUUCCUUGCUUCUCUCCACUUCCUGUUAAUUCCUGUCAGUGUGAACGCAUGCUCGCAUCGGAAUGCAAGACACUUGCGGGUUGUGCUUAGGCUGGUUGGUGCGUGUCUCCUCUCAGAUGUAUCCCAGCCACAGAGCUCUUCGGAGAAUACUUUUAUAUGAUAAACACUUUUUCACUGCUUUGCAUCAUGUUUUACAAGCUCUCUGCAUGCAGGAAAGGAAGAUUAAAACAAACACGUGUCAACGUGACUUGUCGACAUCGACGCUUCCUUCUGGGCUCAUUUCACACUUUUGCUUCAAUGUUUGUCCAUGUUUGAUAAAUGCACGGAGCGUUAGCUGCUAGCCUAAGUCGUGGUCGGGUGGCCAUUUUGCAUUGAUGUAUUGCUAAUUGAAAGUCUCAAAAAGAAACACAAACACACUCUGUUCCACACUAAUUGCUAUGUAUGUGCACGUGAAUAAUGAAAGAAGCUGCUCAAAGUUUUCUCCAAACAACACUGUGACUUAAGUUGUUACACAUGCCUUCAGUUCAUUGGCAACAUAAAACACUUCAAAUGUGCAAAGCGGCCAUAAACAUUAAAAUCCCACAAAAUGUCAAACCAACAUUAAAUUGCACUUGUAAGAUCUUCAGUAUCGCACAUUUUGUUUCCUUGGUUGAAAUUGACAUAUGUAUUCAAUCUGUGACGCUGCAUUUCUUGUCCAUGAGUUUUGUCAGAGCGAUGCUUUAUCUCCACACUCUUGAGGGGAAAGAAGUGCAAAAGGCACACGUUAGCUGUGCGUGUUGUCAAUAGUGCAAUCUUAGCUUUAUUCUGGACUUGGAUGAAGACAAUUAUUGUUGUGACAUUGGAUCACAUGGGAAAGAUUAUGGUGAAUGACUUUUGUUUUUGUUUUGAAUGAGUUAUAAAUAAAGCAUUCCUUUAAAUGAA